GUCCCAACAACACCACGCUCGUUCAUUUGCACCCCAUCCUCUCAUGCUAUAAGCAGUCGUAUGGAGUAGUAAAUUUGCUAGUUGGCUCUCUACGCACACGAACCUACAAAUCAACCCCCUGAAGAUAUCGCGCAUCAAAGACAUCGUGGACCCUUCUCGCCGGGCCGCAACCCCUCGCUCCAGGCGCAGCAUCAUCUCUCCCCUCAAAAUCUACCAGCACCUGUACCCGCUUGCAGGAUGGGCUUUGGAGACUUCGACACGAUCUGCCGCAAUGCGCCCAUACCAUUGUGCGCCCUUGUGGGCAGCAUCAGCAACAUUGACUUGGGUGUUGGGAUAGAGCCUGACUGUUAUGCCCGCAAUGUCGAGCUUGCGAACACCAUCAUCUUCCAGCCCGCCACGUCCUUUGCCCACAUUGCCGCCCUCAUCAUGGCCGUCAUAAUGGUCCUCCACGUCCGCUCCAAGUUCACCGCAGUCGGUCGCAAAGAAAUCACGACGUUUUUCUACAUUUACAUGCUCCUGACCUUCAUAUCGCUGUGCAUCGACUCCGGCGUCGUCCCUCCAGGAUCGGAUCCGUAUUCCUACUUUGUAGCCGUGCAGGCUGGCCUCGCGUCGGCGUUGUGUGUGUGCCUGCUCAUCAACGGUUUCGUCGGGUUCCAGCUAUAUGAGGACGGCACCACGCUCUCUGUCUGGCUCCUACGCAGCAUCUCCUUCGCCUUCUUCGUCAUCACGUUCCUUGUCUCGCUGGCGACGUUCAAGAGCUGGGCCGGCCUCGGUCCCACCAAGACCAUCGGCCUCUUCGUGGUCCUGUACCUCAUCUCGGCCAUCUGCCUCGCUGUAUACAUCGUCAUGCAGUUCAUCCUUGUGCUCAACACCCUGCAGGACCGCUGGCCACUCGGCGACCUCUCCUUCGGCGCUGGCUUCCUCAUCGUUGGCCAGGUCAUCCUAUAUGCCGUCUCCAACACCAUCUGCCGAAAAGUCCAGCACUACCUCGACGGCGUCUUCUUCACCACCAUCUGCAAUCUUCUCGCCGUUAUGAUGGUAUACAAGUACUGGGACUCUAUCACGCGCGAGGACCUUGAGUUCUCAGUCGGCACUAAGGCCAACAACUGGGAGGUCAAAGGCCUCCUCCCCGACGAUGAUCGCCGCACAACCAUCUACCAGGACGGCGACUACGCCAGCAGCAUUGCCGGUGCGCCGCCGCGGAACUCGAAUUAUGGCGGUUUCAGCUAUUAAGCGCGUUGUCCAUCCAUUUCGCUUUUUGCAUCGUUCUUUCGAGCCAGCGAGCAUGCUGCGUCUGAAACGAAACUCGCCAGUUUUCAAGAAUAGCACGCGCCAGCGUCGUUCGGAUCUUUACUUCUCGCCUUCUCCUUUCUCAUACUUGCAUAGCGCGGCUCAACGGCGUUUUCGGACUUUCUUUACUAUAAACCGGCAGUAGACUCGGCUACAUUUAAUCAUACAUGCCCACGAUAAUCGCCACACUCGAACUCAUGAUAUUUCUUCCGGCUGCUUUUCCUUCUUCUUCAACGACCUUUGUAAUUCGGCGUGCGUGUGUCACGUCUGUGUUUCGCUGAUGGGCGGUGCAUUUUUUGGGACCUGUUUGGGUUGUUUUGGGACUUGCGAUUGGGAACCCUCUUGAGUAUAGGCAUUAUAGCCAUGGGUGCGUGGAUGGUGGCGGCGUGGGUGGUGGGGAAUACAGAGUAGUGAUAGAUAGUAUAGGAUAGAAUAGGAAAAGAAUUCAUAAUGAUUGACAUCUAUAGGCCCCUCUGCAUCAGUUG